UUUCUUAAUCUUAAAUGUAACAUUGCGGUUUAAACAAGAUGAUCCUUUGCAGUUCAAACUUUUUCCCAAAAUGUUUAUAACAACUACCAAUUUUAAAGGGGUGAUUGACUGUUUUUUGGGGGUAUUUCACACUGUUGCUUAAGGUCUCCGACUAGGGUAUGUAACAUUGGUUGUGCUGAAAAUGGCCCGGAUGCUGUUCUAUGCCCCCUGAUGCUUCCAGUGAAUUUGUCCCGGGAAAAAACAAUAGGUUUUUCUCCUUUUAUGGUAUGCUCAUGAAUAUAUAGAUGAGCUGCGCGCUGAUUGGUUGGUUUACGAGUGAAGCUGCGAAGCAAAGACGCAACGCGGCCAACAGCACUCACUGAAACAACGAAGGUGGAGACUUGAAAUAAAAACAUACAAAUAAAUCUAUUGUGUCUACACAACACUUUUCAACAGAUUGACUAGAUAUCAUUUGAAAUGAUUACGUUAGUUGUUUCCACUUCUGUUGUCGAAGCAAACAGGAUCGCCUUAGGUGGGUAACAUUAGCGCUACAGCUUAGCAAACAAACUAUCGUGAUUCAACUCAGUUUCAGUUAGCUCUAGCUAUAUUGCUGAAAAAUAGAUCUGGACAAACAUGCAUCUUGAAUUGUAGAUUUACAUGACAACAGAGGUUAUUUAUUUAAAUGAAACACAGUCAGGAACAUGAAAUAACGUUAGCCCCAUUGCCAGUAAACAAAAUCAUCACACAUUCUACCGAUGUUAGAUACAGGCAGGAUACGUUAGCAUUGCUAAUAAUUGUUAGCGACAACAUCAUACUACAGCUUGCGGCUGUGAUGAACAUAAGGUCGGAACAGCACCUCUUUUCAGCAUCAGCUUCAUAGCAAAUCCUGGUUUUCAAAACUGUCCUCUGUGAAAUGGUUCGAGCAAAUGUGUAAUUGAAGGUCGAACUGCACAGGGAUCUUCUCAUACUAUGAGAAGAUCCCUGUGCAGCUGUGAUGUUUGUCUAUGAGUCAUAGACAAACAUCACAGCCCGUCGAGUGUUUGUUUCCUUAGGAAGACUCUGAAAAGUGUCAGCAUUCCCUGUAUAGGCUGGAACACUGCAUUUACGACCGUAGUCCAUUUUCAAUAUCCUUGAAAAACGUUCUUCUUUGUAAUUCCGUUGAAGUACUCAGAGCAACGCGCAGCAAAUUUUGGGGCGUGACAAAGGUACAGACCAGAGCCAAAAAAGGUGGGGCUUUUUCAAAACCUACCGUUUUACAGCUACAUUUUUUAAUUGUGAUAGGAAAGAGGUGUCAAUGGGCUUUGGGUUUCACUGUAUGUCCAUUUUACCCACUGAACUGUCGUUAUUCAACUGUGACAAGGUAAAUUCGGUUCUGCAAUCAAUGACCCCUUCAAACAAAAGUUUAAACUUUAUUUAAUGCACUUUCAUCAGUGCCUGUAAUACACCUGUGUGGAAGCAUCAGUACUUAUGUUUUUCAGGUUUUCUUCCUCUAAUUUGUCUUUAAAGCUUUAUUUCAGAUUUUCCAAUUACUAUGAUCUGGUCUACAGAUUUAUCAUCAAAACCCAACAGAGAUGUGGCUUCAGGAAAGCAGUGAAGAAGCCGGAGAUCAAGAAAGGGAAUGUAGAGCAGCUGAGCAACUUACCGGCGGAGUCAAGUGAAGGACUCAUCCAUAGGAGGGGGGCCUCCCCCAAUGUGGAGUCACAUGCCCCCUAUACACAUCCCAGGGUCUUAAACAGGCUGGUCAAGCCCCUGUUUUUCUCAAUAGGGUUUACAGGCUGUGCCUUUGGAACUGCAGCCAUCUGGCAGUAUGAGUCACUGAAGUCACGGGUGCAAAGUUACUUUAAUGAAGUUCGGGCAGACUGGCUUGAGAAACUACGACCACAGAAACAAGGGCACAUUCGCAAACAGAUCAACCAGUGGUGGAACAGUUUAAGUGAGGGCCAACAAAUUGUUUCAGGGAUAAUCGCUGCUAAUGCUGUAGUCUUCUGCUGUUGGAGAGUACCAUCCUUGCAGCAGUCCAUGAUCAAAUACUUCACAUCGAACCCUGCAUCAAAGACCCUGUGCUCACCUAUGUUGCUGUCGACAUUCAGCCACUACUCUGUCUUCCACAUGGCAGCCAACAUGUAUGUGCUUUGGAGCUUUUCCAGCAGCAUUGUGUCAAUACUCGGGAGAGAACAAUUUGUGGCUUUCUACCUGUCAGCAGGUGUCAUCUCCACGUUAUUCAGCUACGUGUGCAAGACAGCCACUGGGCGUUUGGGUCCUUCUCUUGGAGCUUCAGGAGCCAUCAUGACGGUUUUGGCUGCAGUCUGUAUCAAGAUGCCAGAGGCCAAGCUUGGCAUAAUCUUUCUCCCCAUGCUGUCUUUCACUGCAGGAAAUUUGGUACAUUAUGUAUGGCCAUGAGCUAAUAUGGAAGAAUCGGGAGCCCUUGGUGAAGAUCUGGCAUGACCUGCGGACCAAGGGUCCAGGAGGGGGAGCAAAUGGAGGAGGCUCUCUAUAGAUUUAAUUUGUAUAGACUGGACCACAAACAUCUGU